AUAUCGACGAAGACUUUUCUUGGCGAGAUGGCGAGAAACUCAGAGAGCAGCAGAACUUACUUUGUUAGUUAGAACGCGAGGCGAAGGCAGAGAGAUUCCUUUCCACUUGUCUUGAAAAGAAGUACUUACUAGUAUUUCAAGGCUCGCACGCACACACAGACUUUGAUACAUAGUCACUAGUUUGGAGAACUUGAGAUCCUGGAAGGUGUAUCUUCCACUCAUCAAGUCCACGUAGGCAAAGGACCAGCAGCAGCAUCGGCAGAGACCGCAGCCGCGAGCAGCACCAGCAGCACGAGGAUCAGCAGCAGCACCAACAGCAGCACGUGACCAACAGCGGCAUUAGCAAUAACACCAGCAUAAUGGCGUGCUGUCCAGAAGGCAGCCUGCCAUCACUGCAGACUAGCUACGAGCCGCGUGGCAAAGAGAUCAAAGUCAAGGACUUGGACGCGUACUUGGUCGGCCAGGGUAGCAGAGCGCUGAUCGUGGCCUAUGACAUAUAUGGCUUUGGCCGCACCUCCGGCAGGGCCAGAGCCGUGUGCGACCAACUGGCCAAUGAAGGGUUCCUGGUGAUCAUGCCGGACUUCUUCCGCGGCACAGCGUGGCCUGUGGGCAAGACGUUCGACGACACCAUGGGAACGUGGCUGAAGACGAUGCCGUACGAACCGCAAGUCUGCAGCGACGUGCACGCCAAUGUCGUGCCGUAUCUUCGCGAGCAGCACGGUGCCAAGUGCAUCGGCAUGGCUGGUUUCUGCUGGGGUGCGUGGCUGAUCCAGAAGGUGUCGUCCGUGCCCGAGGUGCUGUCCUGCGGCGUGUCCUUCCACCCGAGCCUGCAGAUCGAGGAGACCCUGUUCGGCGGCAGCAUCGACGAGAUGAUUGGCGCGGUGAAGUGUCCGCAGCUGCUGAUGCCGGCCGGUAAUGAUCUAAAUAUGGUUCAGGCCGGCGGUCAGGUGAUCACAAAGCUGAAAGCGUCGGACAUUGAGCGUGUGCGCGACGGCAGCCGCAUACACGCCUUUCCCGACAUGAUGCACGGCUUCAUGCUGAAGGCGGCGUUGGACGUCGGUGAUGAGAAGGUGAAGCGUGACGUCAGUGCUGCGUUCCGUUUGGCAGUGGAUUACUUCAACAAGUACAUGGGAGAGUUGUGAUAAUAGCCUGUAGUGUAGAUGGCUGGAAGAAUUUUGAGGCGGGUAUAAAUUGAUUUAACCCAUUUAGCGCUACAGGCCAUGCCACCCAGGCUCUGCAUACAUUUUUCGAGAAAUUUCAAACUCCACAUAUGAUUAAAAUCAAUGUUGUGCACCGUUGUACCACUCAUACACAGGCAGAAUACAACAAUUUUAGCAGUCUAAAACACUCUAGGAGCUUCUAGUUAGCAUAAA